GGUCCCCCCUUCACACCAUUUAUAAAGAAUAUUGGGGUAAACCAUGUUAUUGUUAUUGACUGAUUGCUGUUGUUUUGUAGGUUAGUUACUUGGUUUCAUUAAUACCAAGACAUAUUGAAAAGGAAAUAAUCAAAGUCUUUCACAUAUAAGAAAGGAUAGUCAGAAAUUUCUAUAUCCCCCACAUGCUGCCAUAAAAUCAGAAUCAGCUCAGGCAUCAGAUCCAAACAGCUCAGAAUUGGGUUUAAGAGAAAAUCCAGCCUUCCCUACAAAACUUCAGUCUGUGAUUUUUUUUUUUUUUUUUUUUUUGGUUGGGGGACCUCUUAAAAUACAGCUUACAAAGUAUAGGCCUGCAGAACAUGCCAAUCCUCUUUUCCAAUCCCAACCCACCUUCUCAUUUUCAGAGACAAACUAGCAACACAUCAAGUCCAGGAAAAUAAACAAAAUAUAUUAAUAAAAGGAGAAAGACGGGGAGAGAGAGAGAGUUAGAGACUUACAGCUCAAUGAGAGCCAUCCCCACCAAUUUCCUCUUGUACAGCUCAACCCAGUUGCUGAAAACAUAGAUAUAUACAAAAGCAUUGAAGGGAAGGGAAAAUUUUGGGGUACCAAUUUUGCCAAAACAGAAAAAGAUUCAAUCUUGGGCAAUAAAACCAAGAACAUGUAGCCAUGGAACUGAACAGCAGCCUGGUGUGGUAAAUCAAUGUGUGUUGUUGGGUUGGAGGCAUCAUGACAGCUGAUGACCCCAUUCUGAUGAGGGAUUGAAGAGACCCUUCUUUAUACAAAAAUGGUAACUCCCCUAUCUUUCUUUCCAGAUCAGAUGACAGAAAAAGAGGCAAAAAGGGAAGGUAGAUCAAAGUGAGUGAAUGAGAAAAUAUUAUUGGAGUUGAUAGCUAGAGUGAGGGUGGAGGGGAGGAGGUGGGUAGAUGCAUGUUCAUGGAGAUGGGCCUUCUCCAAUGUCAUUUUUGAUGAGAUGCUGAACCACAAGACUUGAGCAGCAGCAACAGAAAGUAUCAUCACUGGUUAAAUGUUUAGGUCUGUUGUUGCUGGAGAAAGCAAAGGCUCUAAGACAUGUCAAAGUCAUCUUCUGCAGCCAUAGUUGGAAGUGCUGUUGGGGCACUUGCCCUGGUGGCAAUAGUCGUCGGAUUCAUGUGGUUCUGCAAGACACAACGUAAUAGGCAUUUCUCCAACAAGAACUCGGAGACUGCUUCUUCAGAUCCAUCUGCAAUAGUUGAGCUGACGAGGGGUGGACCUAGUUCAGCAAGGCACUUCACAAUGGAGGAGUUAGAGCAAGCUACCAAGCAUUUUGAUGAAAGCAGUCUUCUGGGAUAUGGAAGUUUUGGACUUGUUUAUAAAGGUUUGCUCCGUGAUGGGACGGUUGUGGCUAUCAAAAGGCGCCCCGGUGCUCCUAGACAGGAGUUUGUCUCAGAGGUAACGUACUUGUCGCAGAUUCAUCACCGAAACUUAGUUAAAAUACUGGGUUACUGCCAGGAAAGUGGAUUUCAAAUGUUGGUUUUUGAAUAUGUACCAAAUGGAAGCAUGUGCAAUCACCUAUAUGAUACUAAACAGGAUCCAUCAACUAAACUAGAGUUUAAGCAAAGGCUAUCCAUAGCUCUAGGGGCUGCUAAAGGUUUAUGCCACUUGCAUGGCCUAAGGCCUCCAAUCAUACACAAGAACUUCCAAACUGUCAAUGUCUUGGUUGAUGAGAACUUCAUUGCUAAAGUUGCAGAUGCAGGGAUCUCAAAACUACUUGAAAAGAUAGAAGAAGCAGGUCCUUCUCACACAUCCAGUGUCAAUUUUUUCCAAGAUCCAGAGGUUGGACCAUCUGAGAGAGCUUCAUCUGAAGUGAGUGAUGUUUACAGCUUUGGUGUUUUCCUAAUGGAGCUUCUAACUGGAAAGGAGGCUUUGGAUAUUGGCUCCUUGGGAUCUAAUGAAAGUUUAUUUCAAUGGGUGGAAUCGCGGCUGAGUUCAAACAAUUUAGUGGAUAGCCGGCUUGCUGGAAGCUUCACUGCAGAGGGAAUGAGGGACUUGAUCAGGCUAACACUACAAUGCAUGAGUUUUCUGGGAAAUAGACGACCCAGGAUGGAAAUGGUUGUGGUUGAGCUUGAGAGAAUUCAAGAGAAAGAAAUGGCAAUGACCACAGUCAUGGGUGAGGGAACUGAUACAAUCACUCUUGGGAGUGUACUAUUUACUUGAGUAUGAAUAUUAUGAAAAGAAAGUGUACUGAUCUGUACGUUUGGUGUUCAUUGGCUUAGGCAAAACUUAAGCUUUACCACUUAACACCAACACAAACAAACUUGGCUUGGGUGAAAUUCAGUUUUAGUGCAAGACCCAAAUUAGUGUAAUUGUAAAGUAUCGAUUUUACAUUCUUAUUGAUGCACAAUAGCAUUUUGAUUA